AUGCUUUCAGCUCACUUCCCCGCCAUUCUUUUGGCGCUUGGCUCUGUUUUAACACUGGGAAACCGUGCCUAUGCUGUUGAUGCCGAAGCUGACGAGACUGGCAACCGAUGGGCUUUCUCCGUCUACGCAGAUGGCUACACUGCUAGGGAUGAGGAUGGCAGCACCUCUCCUGUUGACACCCUGCUUGUGAACAAGGUCGCCAAGCGCUUGACUGUCAUCAAGGCGAUGAACGGAUUCGACACCACUACGCCCCGCCUCAAGAUGCGACAGGUUCUCAAGGAGUGCUGGAAGAUGACUGGCCUUCAGCCGUCGGAGUUGAAGGAGGUCUUGGGAUACCAGAUCGAGAACGACGACAUGAACAAAGCGCUCGGGGACUGUCGUACCACUAUGGGCCUAAGGUCCUCGGCAUCCUUUACGAUUUCCAGCACAGAGACCAAUGCGAACCGCAAGGCGUGUUGGGAGAGACUCGGAACAACAGUCUUCUCUUCGGCUAUUAGAGGCGCGAUUGCGGACUUUACUAUCAACAAGCAGCUUAUUCAGAUCAAGGUCGACAAUGGCGGACCAUGGGAUCACCUCUACUACGAGUUCUCGUAA